UACAAACAUGUUUACAACGCUCCACAGCGAGGAUACGGAAUACUCGGCGGAUUCCGUGGAGUGGCUGCCGCAGGAUGGUCCGGGGAGCAGCUACUUCGCCUGCGGCACCUACCAGCUGGUCGAGGAAGAGGGGGAGCAGGAGGCUUCCCCCAAGCGGCCACGCAAAGGCCGGGUUUAUCUGUACCUCUUCGGAGAACCAGACUCCAGCCUGGAGCGGCUGCAGUGCAUCGAAACGGCGGCCAUACUGGACAUGAAGUGGCUGCCAGCCAGCAGCUGUGAUGGUCCUCCCCAUCUGGCCACUGUCAACUCACUGGGGCAGCUGGAAGUCUAUGAGUUCCUGAGGGAUGAGCAAAAGCUACAGAAGCGCACGUGUUUCUGCCUGGCGGAGGAGGAGCCGCAGAAGGAGCCCCCGUUGGCUCUUGCCCUGGAUUGGCGGCGGGAUGGGGAGCAGACCAUUCAACUGGCCAUCUCCGAUUCCAAGGGUGGCCUGAAUCUGCUGAAGUACUCGCCGCAGGGCGAGGUUGUCUGGGAGCGAUCCUGGUCAGCUCAUGGCUUUGAAGCCUGGACCUGCGCCUUCGAUCGCUGGUCACCGCAUCUCCUGUACAGCGGUGGCGACGACAUGCUUCUGAUGGCCCACGACCUGCGGACGGAGCAGCUAGCCUGGACCAACCGGGCGCACAUGGCCGGAGUUACCUGCCUGCUAAGCCAUCCCAGACAUGAGCACCAUCUGCUCACGGGCAGCUACGACGAGCAGCUGCGCAUGUUCGACACCCGCUCCAUGAAGCGAGCUCUGGCGGAGCUAAACCUGGGCGGAGGCAUCUGGCGGCUGAAGCCGCAUGGCCUUCACCCCGAUCUCAUCCUGGCCGCCUGCAUGUACACCAACUUCAGCGUGGUGCAGCUGGACGCCAGUGCGCCCGGCUUGAGUUUGCUGGGCGCCUACGAGGAGCACAAGAGCAUCUGCUACGGCGCCGAUUGGGCUCCUUUCGGGGACAGAGACGACGGCUCCUUGACCAUGGCCACCUGUUCCUUCUACGAUCACAAGUUGUGCGUCAGUCGCGUGGAGAUUAGCAAAUAAAUUUGGGGCUUCUUUAUUUUAAAUUGA